AAACACUGGAGAGGCCGGGUGCCAGACCUGCGACUACCUAUCUCUGCAACGGAUGGUGUUCACACCCCGGCCAAUACAGACACAGCUCAGCAAAGACAGCAGGAAGUACUCGCAGCUCAAUAACACACUCUCACACAACACAGACACGUGUGAGGCUGGCAGUCAACGCACUGAGGGACAAGCGGGUGCGCCUGUGCAAAGAUUGAGCGAGAGUCAUGAUAAACUAAACAAGUCUACCAGCCUUGUCAGUAAGAUUGCUGCGGCGGGGUCACAGGUGGAUCUGUUAGUGGAAGCAAGACGACUGCAACGGCGCAUGUCUGCCAGCAGCACAGCCAAGAAG